AUGGACAUCUCAGUAAAGGCCGCUGGGAAUAUAAAGUACGAGAAGACUUUUUUCCAAACCGGUUCGGAUGUGGUAGAUAAGAAGGAUGCGGUCAGCGCCAAUCAGAUGCUCGCGAACCCGUGCACGCCCCCACCACCAGUGGACGACGGGAAAGGUGCUGUGUGCAUGUGGCACUGCACCGAGAAGACACACACAGAGCUAGAG